GGCAGCGUCCUGUUCUUUCGCUGCGCGUUCACAGCUUUCAUAAAAGGAAACAAGCUGUUUUUAUCAGCGCUGUCGCGCAAUCGGCGAUUUCUAUUGACAUACCAGGCAUAGCGAAGCAGUCUCCAUCUACUUCCUCGCUAGGCCGUCACAGCAUAGUCCAGAUCGCCGUGUAGUUUUCUUUUAAUCUACGGUGAAAAGGGGAUAUUCACCCAACGCCCGGUUCCCGAUGGAUGACGACUACGGGAUCGUGGAAUAUUUUUACGAGCACAGUGGUCAUAGGUGCGGCUACUGCAAGUCGGAAUCGACAAGCCUCAGUUGCGGCAUGUGGGCUCAUAGGCUGACGGCAGGAAUUUACGAUGACCUGCUUAAUCGAGGAUGGAGGAGGUCGGGCGAGUACUGCUACAAACCAAUGAUGAAGACAACCUGCUGUCGUCAGUACCCCAUAAAGCUUGAUGUUGCUGAAUUCCAGCUAACCAAGUCGCAGAAAAAGCUCUUGAAACGAGUACACAAGUUCCUGGCUACUGGCAAAAGGAGUGAGGCCGAAAAGCCGGAGGAUAAGGGGGAUGACUGCGCCGAGGCAGCUGGCGAUAGGGUCAUGGAAAUGCCUGACUUCUUGGACAAGAAGUCGAACGUACAACUUGACCUAGAGACCUGCAACCUAAAGCCCACUGGUGCUACAAGUGGAAGUGGAAAUGAAGAAUUCGUAGUUCCUGAGCCAAUGGAUGAACAUCCACAAAAGUCACCGGAGCGUCUCAAAGAAGAAACAGCGUCCAAAACUGAGAAGACGACUCAUGUGCCAAAGAAAGGUCUAGGUGCUGACCCAAACAAGCCAAAGUGCCGUAAGGCUCGUGACAUUCGUCGAGAAAGGAAGCUUUUGAAAAUGAGUAAUGCUGGAAAGGAUCUCAGCCCCAGCAGUGACAAGGCUUCGCUUUUCUCGAAGAAACCUAAGAAUGAGGCAAAGUCGUUGGAAGACUUCUUGUUCGAACCGCUUCCCCCGGAUGCUGCUCACAAACUCGAAGUUCGCCUGGUGCGGAAUAGCCCUGACUGUCCCGAGUUUGCAAACUCCUUCGAUUCCGCCUUAGCCGUCUACUUCCAAUACCAGGAGAAAAUUCACAAGGACCCUCCUGAAAAGCUAACAGAGCGGCGCUUUCGGCGCUUCCUAGUCAAUAGCCCAAUACAGGUGCAGACGAUUGUCUCGAGCCGAGGCUCACCAGAGUUUGAGAGGACCUUUGAGACGUCGUGGAAGCUUUACGAGCGCUACCAGAUGCGAGUGCACAAGGAGCCAGCCAGCCAGUGCGACAGAGGGUCCUAUUGCCAGUUCCUGGUGAACUCACCUCUACAGUAUGAUCCAAAAGGCCCUUACAGCUUGGGCUCGUUCCACCAGCAGUACUGGUUAGAUGGAAAUCUGAUUGCGGUUGGGGUCAUUGACAUAUUGCCAACGUGCCUCUCUUCAGUGUAUCUGUACUACAACCCAGACUACAGCUUCCUGUCUCUAGGCACGUAUGCAUCGCUUAGGGAGAUAGCUUACGCAAGACAGCUGCACAAAAUGUGCCCUAGCAUCAAGGACUACUGCAUGGGCUUCUACAUCCACACCUGUCCCAAGAUGAGAUACAAGGGUAACUUCUCUCCAUCUAGAUUGCUGUGCCCAGAGACCUACACAUGGCAUCCCAUAGAGAAAUGCAAGCCCCUUCUGGAUGUCAACAAGUACUGUCGCUUUGAACAGGACCCAACUAAAGGUGACGAAAACGCUGUACGAGACCUGGAUGAGGUCAUGAUUCUCCACAACAGGACGGUCAUCACGUACAAGAAGUACUGUCGACUCAAAGGAAACGCCGACAAACCCGAGGUCAGAGAGUACGCGAACCUCGUUGGCAAGAAGUGCAUCAAACGGCUCUUUCUCUACCGCAAGUCGUGAGUGGCAGUGAUCAAGCCACUGUGGUGCUUUUCCCUCUUGUGAUAACUAUAACUUGGACUGUUCUUUCAACUUGAGUGAAUAAAGUGAACUUAGGAAUAUGA